GCCGCUGAUAAAGUUCUAGGGAAACUUUCAGACACAUCUCACUCCCCAACUUGACAUGAUAAAAAAGCAAAGUGCAGCCCUCAGUCUUAUUGCUCCGGAGUGAGGAGCGCCUCCCGGGAUGGCACAGGAGCUGCACUGAUCCGGAUUCUCCCCUCUGUCUUCUGCUUCCACUGCAACUCAUGGAAACUGACCUUAAAAGAAUGCUUAACCCAUAAAUUGUCCCAGAGCCUGAGCCUGGGGUUGCUGUGCACUGCCAAUCUGUCCCCGGAGCCUGCUGUCUGCUGUGUGCACAAUCAGUUUCAUGAAUUCACAGGCAGCCUACCAGUGACUUCUGGGCGCUGGACUGGUUUCCUCAACUAUUUUGACUUUAGCUCCUUGUGGCUUGGGACGGCGUGACAAUUGGUAUGCCAUCCAGUUCUGAAGUUCUGACCGGCCUCAUUGGAGAACGCAGCUCUGAAGAUUGGAAGGACAGCCACUUCAUAAGGAUGUCGUCCAAUCCGGCCACCUCUCCAUUCACGUGUAAAACUGAUGGGGAGGAGGAGAUGACCGGAGACCUGGCUUCACGGGAGAAAGAGGACAACGAUGAGCAGCACCUUGGAAGUCACCUGCCUCUCCACACCCUCCUACACAACAAUCCUCACUCUGAGGAGCUGACAUCACUAGUCACCAAUAUCCAGGCUGACGUUGACUGGGAGAGCAUGAUCUCCUCCCAGCAUAGAAUGGACUCGGACAGCAAUAAACUACGUUCCCUCUAUUCCUUUCGAACCACCUCUACCUCACCACACAAGCCUGACGAAGGGGCUCGCGAGCGCUGCGAUCUCAUGACCAGUGUUAAUUUCGGGACUCCAGAACGCCGCAAAGGGAGCCUGGCCGACGUGGUGGACACGCUGAAGCAGAAGAAGUUAGAAGAAAUGACCAGGACGGAACAGGAGGACUCUACCUGCAUGGAGAAGCUGCUUUCUAAGGACUGGAAAGAGAAAAUGGAACGGCUCAACACAAGCGAACUUCUGGGAGAAAUUAAAGGAACCCCAGAAAGUUUAGCGGAGAAGGAGCGCCAGCUCUCCACCAUGAUUACGCAGCUGAUCAGCCUCCGGGAGCAGCUCCUGGCCGCACACGACGAACAGAAGAAACUGGCCGCCUCCCAGAUAGAGAAGCAGAGACAGCAAAUGGACCUGGCACGCCAGCAGCAGGAACAGAUCGCAAGACAACAGCAGCAACUUCUCCAACAGCAACACAAGAUUAACAUUUUACAACAACAGAUCCAGCAGGUCCAAGGUCACAUGCCUCCUCUCAUGAUCCCAAUCUUUCCACACGACCAGCGGGCGUUGGCAGCAGCUGCGGCCCAGCAGGGAUUCCUCUUCCCCCCAGGACUAACCUAUAAACCAGGUGAUAACUACCCCGUGCAGUUCAUUCCAUCAACAAUGGCAGCUGCCGCCGCUUCUGGACUCAGCCCGUUGCAGCUACAGCAGCUCUACGCAGCCCAGCUCGCCAGCAUGCAGGUGUCCCCGGGAGCCAAAAUGUCCAGCACCCCACAGCCACAGAACUCUACGGGAGCCAUGUCACCGACAGGCAUGAAGAGUGAGAAGCGAGGGACCAGCCCCAUCACACAGAUUAAGCAGGAUGAAGCCGCGCAGCCUCUGAAUUUGUCAGCGCGACCAAAGACAGCUGAGCCUUUAAAGUCUCCCACAUCCCCAACACAGAACCUCUUCACACCCAGUAAGACCAGUCCUGUUAGUUUCUCAAACAAGAGCGGGAUUCCCAGUCCAAUCAGCGGAGUCUUGGGCAGAGGCUCCUCCCUAGAUAUACUCUCUAGUCUUAACUCCCCGGCGCUGUUCGGGGACCAGGACACGGUGAUGAAAGCCAUCCAGGAGGCCCGUAAAAUGAGGGAGCAGAUCCAGCGGGAGCAGCAGCAUCAUCAUCAGCCUCACGGCAUAGAUGGAAAGAUCCCUCUGAACAAUAUGGCUCUAAACAACUGCAGAGGCGAUAAGAUGCUGAUAGAUGCCAUCUCAGGAAGGAUUUGCAUUAGAGGUGUACACACAGAGAGGUCACAUUAUGAAAACAUGGGCCCUCAGCUAACGGGGAAGCCCAAUGAAGAUGGAAAACUGGGGCCUGGUGUCAUCGAUCUAACACGGCCAGAGGAUGCAGAGGGGGGCACAACAGUGGUGGAAGCGCGGGUGUACAGAGACGCCCGAGGACGGAGUAGCAGCGAACCACACAUCAAGCGACCAAUGAACGCUUUCAUGGUUUGGGCGAAAGACGAGCGAAGGAAAAUCCUCCAGGCGUUUCCGGACAUGCACAACUCCAAUAUUAGCAAAAUCCUGGGUUCCCGCUGGAAAUCGAUGUCUAACCAAGAGAAGCAACCUUACUAUGAAGAACAAGCUCGACUUAGCAAGAUCCAUCUAGAGAAAUACCCCAACUACAAGUAUAAACCCCGACCGAAGCGCACUUGUAUUGUGGAUGGCAAGAAACUGCGCAUCGGAGAGUACAAGCAGCUGAUGAGAUCCAGGCGGCAGGAGAUGCGGCAAUUUUUCACAGUGGGGCAACAGCCUCAGAUCCCAAUUAGCACAGCGACAGGGGUUGUGUAUCCAGGUGCUAUUAGCAUGGCAGCCACCACACCGUCUCCGCAGAUGACAUCAGAUUGCUCCAGCACAUCCGCCAGCCCCGAGCCUAUCAUCCCCGUCAUACAGAGCACCUACGGCAUGAAACUGGACAGUGGGAGCCUCGCCGGAAACGAUCUGAUAAACGGAGAGGACGAAAUAGAGAUGUACGAUGAGUAUGACGAGGAUCCCAAAUCAGACUACAGUAGUGAAAAUGAAGCCAACGAGGCGGUCGGUGCCAACUAGAAACAUUUACAUACAUUGGCGGAAACUGAGGAAAAUACGCUCUUGACUUUGGAGUUUUGAACAAAUUGAAGUUCUGGAAGAGCUUGCAUGCGUAUGUGGUUUCCACAAUCCCAUCAGCAGAAUGGUCUUAAAUAUUUCAUGUGUGACACAGAAUGACUUCCCCUAGUUUUUCUUGAACAUUUUUUAUUUUAUUUUAAGUGAACAUGUGUACAAAAAAACAAAAAACAAAACAAAAAAACAACUGACAUCAGGACUUGAACUGUAAUGAACCCAUAGCUGUCUUACAAGUCUUACAUUUAGUGUGUUUUCCUUCUUUUGGAUGCCGAUAGUCUUGAGUUACUGUUUUUAAAUGGGGUAUAAACAUUCUCACUCAGGUAUGUACCAGCCAACAGGUUGUGAAUGUGUUUUUAAUGCUGAAUUAUUUUAGGAGAUAGAAUUUUACAUAUUGUAAACCCAGAUGUGUCUACAUCUGCCCAUAACUCUCCGCGGAACCUCCUUCUGCACUUUCACCUCCCAGAUACGUGUCUUGGUGUGCCAAACAUUUCUUAAUACUUAAGUCUGGGCGGCUGAUGUCUUAAGGGAGAAAGCCUCUUAGAACGUCUUAGAAAUUCUCAUGACAUGUUAAACAAGAUGUCUGCUGUUAAGAGAGAAAUGGUUGUUAUAUUUUAAGGUUUCUACAACCUUUUCUCAAACAAAAUACAAAUGGUGGAAUGGUCCUAACCAUGGUCACCGGUGCUGAUGUGUGUGUGAGGUUGAUUGCCUAAUUAUAUUUGUUAUGAAUGUGGGUUUCCACCGGAAACAGCAACUCUUUCUCAACGAUUGGCGUGUAAAUUUCCAUACUGUGGCCCUUUCUUUCCCUUGCAUUCAGUCUUAACACAAACACUCUUAAUUUGAUCAUAUUCAUUCCAGAAUGCUAAGGGUACAACUGCAACCCUACAAUGUCACGUUCCACAGAAAAGAAGUGCAAUGUAGAGGCGGGUUAUGUCAACAAGAAAUAGUCCUUCAGGAGGUGCAGGAUGUACAUUGCAUGGUACCUGCUUAGGGGGAACGUGGACUUGUUUAGCUAAAGCAAAUACUUCCAGGUCCUAUUGGGCGAUACUAGGAAACUUCAGAUCUACCAAUUUACUGUUGGUGACAGGAGACACCAUGGUCCAUGGGGGGAUCUCAUUUCAUUCAUAUUUGUCUGUAGGUUAGUUGAGUCCAUUUGUGGCCACCUAGCUGUUGUUGAAACCCCGUUAUCUGUGGCCAGUCAACGGAAAGGGCCAGAGAUGGAUUUCCUUACAUAAUCUUAUCUAAGUAACUGAGGGUUAGAACCCGAUUACUUUGCUUUUCUAGAAUUGAAUCUAAAUCAUUGUUUUGUCAUAGGAGCUUCACAAAAGACACAAAUAUCAAUACUUUAUUUGAAUAACAUAAAGGAGAUGUGGGCUUAGCCACACCAGCCCUGUGUGAUUCCCUAAUGUAACUGGGGUCAUUAUGCAUUAAAAGUCUUUCAGUUGUCAAGAGUAAAAAUUUUAGGGGUCAAUCCCAUUAACCGCAAGUGACGGCGCAAGCAAUUACAGCCCCAUAGGGCUUACAUACAAAAGUCUGAGGCGAGAUCGGGCUGCAAGAAGGGGCGAGUUGCAAUGCAGUGUCCAUGACAUUGCAACGGCAACUCGCUCCCAUCGUACCCCUUUGUAUUUUCUAGAUAUUUAGCAGAAUAUUUUGAUUAUCAGUAUUUUAUGACCAUAACAAAAAAAAAGGAGGGCAAAACAAAAUUCACGUAACGCGAGCUGGCGAGAACAAAAACGACUGUUCUUUUAUUCUGAAACUUGAUUUUUCUUGUAUUUUAGAAAAUACACUCUCAGAAUUGUUGUCCCUACGUGUUAGAAGCACUGGAUAUGAAUGGUAUUUUUAUCACUUCUGACUAAUGUGAAACUGUUGUAUGAAAACUUCAUGAACAAACGUCAUCUGUUUAGACUCUUGUGGGCUCGACUCACAGUUGCCGGAUCUUGAGUCACUUUUUUUUAUGUCUCGUUAUUUCAUUUAUUUAUGCAAAAUGCAUGUUGGUUUGAAGGCUUUGUUUAAGCUCCAAUCCCAUACCAGCAUUGAGGCAUUAAGCAAGACAGACCUCAAAAUCAUUAGAUUAAUGAACAUGUGCACUGUCUAAAAAUAGAAAAGGAAAAAAAAAUGUAUUUUGGAAAAGUAUUACAUAGCAGCAUUGGGGGUUUUAUUAUUUAUUGCCCAAUAUUGGCCUAAUGUACUAUUAUAAAAAUUACUGACAAUCAUUCAAUUCAUAGUUGGAGCGUAAAACAAAGUACAGUUAGUUUUCCAUUUCUUAUAUUAUAUUAUAAUAUAUAAAUAUAACAUAGGCCAUAGUUGUUAUUUUUCAUUCAUAGAUACUUAACUAUCCAAUAACUUAUAUAUUUACUUAACGCGUCAUUUUAAGUUUAUGUUGUUCCUUGUUAACGUAAAGGAGGAAAUUCAAUUGUUUUCGCUGGUGGCUGUCAGGGCCGGGAACCCUACAUGGCAAUUCAAUUGUUGCUGCGUUCGGGUGCUGGCAUUUUUUCUGAUUGCAGCCCCCUGCGCUUGCAAGCAGAAAUUUGCAAAAAGGGACCAAAAUGGUACUUUUUGCAUCGCACCCAGUACUUUAGUUGGGUGUAGCAGCUAAAGUCGGCACUGCAGGGAUCGAUCAGUAUGUAAAAAAAAAAAAACAACAAAUUGAAAAGCACCCCUCGAUCUCCCGUCACUUUAACAAACUUAUCAAAAGUCACCCAAAUUUCAAAUAGUAGAAAUUCGUUUGUAGGUCGGAAUCUGCCCAUUGGAGGUCUCCCUUUAAUUAAUGUGGUAUGACCUAACAUAAAAGCCAUAGUAUUACAAUAAGAAAGUCUGAUUGAAUGAAUACAGUAAGGCAGUAUUUUACCAUGAUCAUCCUGCAAUGUACCUCUAGUCCUGUUCAGUAUGUUGGCUCCGCUAUGUAUGAAAUGUAGACCAUGUUGGCCAUUAUCAGCAUACCAGGUGUAUAAACAAGAAUCUGGACCUACACUUGUAUGUAAAUUAUUUUACUUUUUAUAGGGAAAUAUCGGUUCCUUAAAUCAACAAAUAUGGCAUUUUCCUUCUUCCUAUAAUCCCAUAGCUCCAAAAUGCUCAAUAAGUUUGCUUGUGAUUUCCAUCAGAUGGUCAUUAUUGGUGGCCCCUAUCUAUAUAAAAUGUAUUUUCGAUUUAUGAAAUGUCUUCAAUGUCCCAUUCUUUCCAACAUUUGAGAAUUCUAAAUCGGGAUAUGGCCUAUAGGGGGUGUGACCAGAUCAGAGAUGUCUUGGUCAUACUUUUCACGGGUAAGUCUAGCUCUUCUGAAGUACUAGGCUUCCCCAAUGCCCCUUCCCUCUGCUGGUACUGUAUGCAUGACGUACCUUCUAAUUAUAUGCAAAAUGGGACAAAGUCGAGAAAAUCCCCUCAAACGUUCCUGCAUAAAUCGGGACUGUUAGGUGUGCGCUUCUAUCUCAUUUAAAGUUAAUUAGAUAUUGUACAACCCUAUAUUUUAACGGAAGUAGAUCCUACUUCUGUACAUAUCCAUAUCCUUCAGACACCGUGCUAAGGAGUACGUGUGUUACAUUGUGUGAGCCAAUAAUUGAACUCUGUCAAGCGGGAUUUAAUCAAACUCAUUCUGUACUACGGGAAUUUCCCCACACAUCCUUCUUUUAUUCUCAAUGAGUGACUUAAAGGGAGAAUUAAUAUUUAAUAAUCUUAGUGACUUUCUUUGAAGAAGAAAACAAUUAAAAUUAAUCUGGGUAACAUUGAUAUUUUAAUACGCUUCAUUGUGUUACGGUACAAAAACAUUUGGUACGGCAUAAAAGGGAAAUGCGGAGUUUCAAUAUUUUUCUUUUUUCUUUUUUGUACAUAAAUCUCAGAAAAGAGGAUAUUUUUGUUUGUUAUAUUUAAUUGUGCAGGACAUUAAAACUUGAACGUAAUUCUAGAAUCAUACUGAGGAAAAGAGCUUGUGUUAGGAAUACUUUAGGGCUUUCUGUAUUAUUAAAAGAAAAUUGUACUUAAUACAUAUUUCAUUUGCAAUCAGAGAUUGUAAAGGUUGUGGGUACAUUUGUAUAAAUAUAGGCAGAGACCAUAUAGCUAUAUAGGAAACUGAAAGUGUUAACACAUAUAUACUUUAACGCUUAUUUGAAUUAUAUGUGUGUAAAAUCAAUGGAGCGCUUUCAGCCGCCUAGUGAGAGUUGCACUUUAGAAAACAUCGGAAUUCUGUGCUUUUAUACAGAAUAAAAUCCAACUAUUUGGGGUUCAUAGAGAGAAGUGUAACAUUUUUAUUAUGCAUCUUAGGUUUAAUAUAUCUUAUCGACAACACCCCAGAGGAUUACAUAGGAAAGGAAAUAAGGUGAGGUCAGAAUCUCGUAUGUGAACGUUUUAAUGCGAAGGCACCAAUGCAUGUCAUUGUAUUGAUUUCACAUCCCAAAUAUUAUGUUGUUUAUUUACUUACUAACUACUCUGACAGCGGACAGAGGUGAUCAGAAAAGUUGCAAAGGUGGGUUGUGCAGUGGUUGUUUAACAAAGUGGUACCGGGCCUGGACUUGUAAUAGAAGGCAGAAAAGCUGUAUAGAAUGUCCGUUCUCCUGCCACACAAAGACAAAAGGGAUAAUAAUAUGUAAAUAUGAGGAUUUUUUCUAGUUCUGGAGCUGUGCAGGAAAUGCCAUGUUGCAGUCUGAAAGACUAGGUUUACAGUCUUCUAUUGGCUGAUUUACUAUAGCGAAAACACUAACCAAAAUAUCAGACCCCUGACCGCUUCUUGUUCUCAAAAACCAAAGAAGAUGGUUGGGGUAGAGCUUUUCACCUGAUAGAUUUACCCGUAGGUGCAGAGUCUAAUGGUUGGUAUUAUGGGAGUAAAGCAUAGAAGUAGUUUUGGAAUGUGGCGGUCUCCUUUAUAUGGCAAAAAAACAUUAUUACUUGGCAAACAGAGUAAUCCAUUCAUGCUUAUGUUUAAUCCCCAAAACCAGAAAGUGGAAAUAGUGACAAAAUGAGGUGUACAAACUUGUUCAGAUGUCUCCACCCAUACAUAGUAUUAAUACAAUGCUCAUACUGAUUAUUUCUGUAAUACCUGUACAAAGUUAUUUAUGCUUAUCAGCACUUAAUCCUUAAAAUGUCAUGAGGUUGGUAGUACGCUCUUUGAUCUACGUGUCUUACUGUUGGUUAAGGUACCUAAAUCUAACAGUCACGGGUUCGUUCUUCAACUGUUUCAAUGCUGGCAGGAGCCAACGCAUUUCACAGCUAAAGAUGCUUUGUAGCCCCCAACAUUGAAAGGUAAAAAAAAAACAAAAAACACAAUUUGAUUAGAAUGUGAAAUAAGGUUUGAGGUCACAAGAAUCCGCACCCAGCGCCUGUAUAUAUAUAUAUUCUUCCGGGAAAGUCAAAAGAAUAUGGGUGACCUCUGUUUACAAAAGCACUUGUUACAUUUCAUUUCAAUCCCAAACUUUUUAUUUUUUUUCUCUCCCUGAUCCUUUGUUUUGUAAAGUGGUUUAUGUUUUAUUUUAUACUAAGCUGUAGAACAUUUUUUUGAUAGUAUCCCACGUGUAACAUUUUUAUAGACAGAUAUGUCUAGUUUGACUGCUCAUCUCUUUGACGUACACAAUGUUUUAAUUGAUGUAGACACAUUUUUUAAAAAAUUGCGUGCCAAACGCAGAAACUAUUCUAUAGAAUAAGUAUAUGGGAGACGCAAAGAAACUUUGCGAGAGAACUCGAAGUUUAAUUUAAGCUCUGCUUGGCUGAGUACUGUGGGGGCCAGGUCCUGGUGCUCACACAAAAUGGGAUAGGUGCAAAUAUAAACUGUCUGUAUGCUGCACAUUGCAGACCGGCUAGUGUGCGUUGUGUGUUUGUUUUACCUUUGUCAUUUGUGUUAUGCUUUUUUCUUUUGUUAAGUUAAAAACAAAAAAAAGGCAAAUCUUUUCUAUAUUGUAUCCCCUGCCAAUUUUUAGCAAAAUAAAGAAUAAAAAAAUGCUUAGCAUCUCUGUUUUCACAUUAUUGUAUUGUCAUAUACAAUUAUUAAGAAACGCUUGUAGCUGUUACUAUGCACCCUUAAUGUAACCCCCCCACAUGACAUUGUAAUUUGUUUGUGAUGUAUAUUGUGAGGUUGUACUCUAUGUUAAUUUAAUCAGCACAAUUCACUGACAUGCUGGACUGAGAUGCUACAGUAGCUGCUCUUUGGAAGUGGAUCUAGAAAUUUGGCAGUGUUAGCUCUUAAAAAUUUUUCAGAGCUGUUAGUUCAAUACCUGCGAAAAUCCGAAAGUUUUCUAAUUCUUGUAAGAUACUGGUACCCAACUGGGCCAAUGGCGUAUAAUUAUUUGGGCUUUUAGAGGAAAAAAACAAAAAAAAAAAGAACAGAAAAAAAAAACAAAAAUAGUGUCUAUUGCUGCUUUGAAUAUGUUUUAAAAGUCUGAAAAUGUAAAUAGUUUAUCAAAAGAAAAAAACAAAUCUUGUACAGUCCAGUGUAAAGUUUUUAACUGAACUUAAAAAGUUGCCCUUCACUUGUUUCUCUCACAGUUUCCUCUUGAUACAGUCCGAAUACCUGUAAGGGGUUAACCGUCAAUAAAUCGGAUAAGAAAUAUAAUCCUAGCUUUGGCUUCUUUGAAUUAACAGACUCUUUCCACCUCCUCUUGUGCAGUUUUGACGUGAGGUCAUUGGAACGACUUGUUUUCUCUCUCUCAAAAAGGACUAUCGAGACUGUAGAGAAAAUGAGUUGUGUUCCGCGUGCGGGAAAGGCACACGGGGCAUACUGUAAUGUGUAUAACAUGCAAUGUUAGGAGAAACUAACCAUGGUCCCACAAGGGAGUGGCUGUAAAAUUACCUAUUUAUGCUAAUUUACCUCAAGACUGUCCUCUCCGCCCUAAUCAAUUCACCAUCACUCCCUCUUUUGUACUGCUGUCGACACUUACCAAUUAAAGAUACAUUUUGUUUUA